AUCUUCGACUCGUGCUCUCGAACGAGAUUUGUAAACAACAACGUGAACCUCAUCUCGCGAGUUCUCGAUCUCGCUGUUUCUCGAUCUCUCUCACGGUCUCGAUCAGUCUCGGUGAUCGAGACAACGAGUCACGGAGAAUGCCGCCAAAGUGCGCGAAAAAUCAUGUGCUAACGAGGAGAGUGUGAGUGCUUUCUCAGAAUCCGGAAUCUUUGUCGAAAUCGUUUAAAUGCAAUUUAGAUCAGUGGUCGGAUCGAGACGCGAAUCCUGCAGCCUUAAUCAGUAAACUGACAAUCUUAUAGAUGAACUUGGAUGCUAUUUGUGACUGCGGGGGUAAAGUCAAUGUUAACGACUGGCAACUGAACAGAGGUGGUUUGUUUUAUCACAAAGAAGUGGAUAAUGUGCUUUUCCUGCAAACAGACUAUCCCUUCUCUCUCACAGAAGUUAGCCUCUUCAAUUGCGCCAUGCCUGGAGCCAUAGCUGUGAUGAAUCUUCAGCAUCUCAUUAAUUGCAUGGAGAUGCAAUUAAAGAUAUUACGUCGACACGAUAAGCCUGUUACAAUAUCUGGAAUAUGCAAUGAUCGUGAUUAUUUCUCUGUAAGGAAGAUGGUCUGUGAAUUCAUUUUAUAUUUUCGUACAUAUAUGAAUAGCAUUAGAUGGGAUCUUAGCACAUUGGAAGCAGCAAUACCUGAAAUCAAUAAGGAUAUAGAUACCUUAUUUGACUCCAUCAAGCGCUUUUUCAGCACAUUACGUACUUUUCCAGAUUCUACUUUACUAUACGCAGCUUCUAACAUUGGCAAUAAGUGUAAACAACCAGAGUUUCAUAUGUAUCAUAUACAUAUAGAGUUGAGAUGGUUCUUUAUCACAUUGAUAUAUGCAAGAACCACGUGGUACCAAUAUUCAAUACACACACAGUUGGAAGAGCUUGAAAAUACUUUUGCAAUAGUCAUCAGUGAUUUGAUAUACGCUGCUUUGAAAGUAUUUGAAAGGCUAUCCUUGAAUUGGACCAUGGAUCUUACACAGAAAACACCGUACAACUGUACAUGUAUACGGGAAUUAUGGUUGAUGCUUCAAAUAUUCAUCGAUAGCUUGGAAGAAAGAUUGAAAACCAAGGUAUUUUGGGAUCAUGUAAAUAUUUGUAUCGAUAAAGUAUUAAACAAAAAUCAAACUCAAGAGAUGUCUUGGCACAAAACUAUGGAUUCUUCUUUGCCAGACUGUAAAAAUUCCGAACUGUUCUGCAUCUGGAUAAUAUACCACUUGUCUCUGUUGUAUGGAUACAGUAACGACGGUGUAUACUUACAAUUUAUUUCAUCAAGGAUUAGAUCUAAUUACGAGCAAGUUGAGAAAAUUCUUAAAGUAUACGUCUGCAAAGGCGGAAAAGAUGGCGAGAGGGAUGAACUUGAUACUGAGCUGAAAAUUAUAAUACCGUUAUUACACGAUCUCAUUAUUAACUGGUGGCAGCCGCGAAUAUCGGUUAUAUCUUUCCUCUGGGACUGCUUCCACAAGAGAUUGGAUCAGCCGUUCCUCCAGCAAACUUCUGGACCUUGGGCUCUGUCUGUUGAAAAAAAAACUGCCGCGGAUAUUUUGAAACAGAGCAACGAUAGAAUUGAUGGCAAAUUCGAGCAGACUAAGGAAUCUAGCUACAGUCUGUUCUUGUAUCUGUUAGGCACCUUUUUGAAGAAGUACAGCAAGACAGAUGUAAAAUAUUGGAAUCAGGUCAAGGGUCGCGUGUAUACGAAAUUUUCAAAAAGCAAAGUCGAGGAAUUCUCCGAGAGUGGCUUGUACAAUUUCAUAUCCUUAUUUAUUACUUUAGCCGUCUCUGCAGAUACUACCAAUGUAUGCUUAACAAUGCUGGAACUCUUACCAUCUACACACGAGGCAAAUAAUGAAAACAAUAGGAAAUACAAUCUAGUUUGGAAGGGGAAACUGACGUGUUUACUGUUGUUCAGUGAAAAAGGAUUGUCGUUUGAUCCUAUAAUUGGCUACUUUACAGAAACUAUCAACUUGAUAAGUUGCCGUAAGGAUGAAAUAUCUCGCUCCAUGAUGACAAACUUCGUCGACGUAUUAAAUAAGAUUUUAACAGACAACGAGAAAAUGGAUCUGGGAGAACAUCAUUUUGUUGGCGGCUGGAUUGAUCGUUAUCUCUUAGAAUGCCCGAAAAAUAGAAUCAGUACUUUACUCGUGAUGCUCGUCAAUGUUUUCGAGAUGUGCGUCACUUUACAAGUCUGUGGCAAUUCAGAUGGUGCCAGGAAAAUGUUAGAUGCAUUGUGGUGUUUCGUUGCUUCUAGAGUUCGUCAGCUUGUCUUUGAUCCCGUUCUUACCGGUGAUAAUUACAAGAACAUAUCCAAGCUAGCUGUUAUAUUCACGCUAGAGGCAGUCAGAGAUUCAAGCACUGCUAAGAAAUAUAAACAUUCAGCAGUGUCUUUGUUUCAGCAUUUCGCAGCGUCGAUAUUUGUUAAAGAUAUAAGGAUCACUCAGUGUUAUUUAACGUUGAUUCUCGAGGACAGCCAGGCUGUGCAAAACUUGAAAAAGGAAAUCCCAAAUUUUGAUACCAUUCUCAUUCAAGCCUGGAUAAAAUGUUCUAUUGUUGGUUACGGCACAUACAAGGAAGAGCUAAAGAUCCUGCAACAUUACAUCACCGGUCUCGAUGAGAUUAAAGAAAUAUUUAUAUCGGAUAAUGAUCUGCAAGAAUUUCGAAAUAACAGCAAUGAGCCCAUUUUAACGUUCAUCAUAUCAUUCAUGAAAAAGCAGAAUCUCUUAAAGUCUGAACAAGAGAAAAUCCAGCAUACUGGAAAAUGUAAGGCAUACUUCAAGAAUUUGGAGAAAUGGGUCCUAUUACCCAUAACGGAAGAGACAAAAGACUCGGAAGUCGCAUUUUGGAUUUACAGAUGUCUCGGAACGUUGAUACUCUGCAUCUCACCGACAUUGUACACCAAAAAUCAACCGAACGAUAUGUUGAGAACGCUCGUGAACAAAGUUAUACUUGUACCUGAGAAUUCGACACAGCCAUACAUAAAACAAUUGGGAAAAAAAAUAUUCUCCAUGGUGAUACUCGGUCUAGAGAAAUUGAACAUUAAAGGUGACAUAUUACUGCAAGCGAUGAUACGAGAUAUCUUCGAUCAGUACCUGCCGAUUUUGAUAACCGAGAUUAAUAACGGUGGCAAUUUUCGAGUUUCCGAUAUGUUACUGAAGUGUUUCAAGGAAGCAAAGUGCGAAUUCAUGCGCUCAAUCUUUGAGACGCUGAUGUCGAAUUUUUAUAAUAUAUCGUCCGACAAUGUCAUGCAUAAACACUCCAAUUUGAUAACUUGGCUUAUCAAGACACUGCUUAAAGAAGGGAAAAAGUAUCCCAAGUAUACUGUGGAACACAUUGUUCAGAUUUGUUCUCCACACAUCUUUGGGUGCUACGUGAAAGUUCACGAUCAUCACCCACACAAAUUGCACACCAUUGACUUCAUCAGCGAUGUAGUCAAGAGCCCUUACUAUGAAGAAGAUAGAAUAAUCAGAGAAAAAUUCCAGGCUGCCGUCUCUACUAUGGUGCAGAAAUACUUAACGCUAAAUACGCAACCUACGUUCGAGUUUAUACGAUCGGUCUUGCCGAUAAAAAAAGAUAUGAUAAUCAGUUUGUUCCCGCAAAUUGAGACUGUUGUAUCGCAGGCAGAACAAUACCGCCGACACAACGCGGUGUCCUUGAGGUUCAUGUGGAAUCAGUUGAAGAAACACAUGCUGAAUAUGAACAACAGAUCGUGAUAAGGUUCAAAAUUUAUUAAUAAGCGCUAAAUAUCUUCUCAAUAAUGACGAUUUGGAUCUGCUAUAAAUACUCUCAGAUUCAUUGGUAAUUCAAGAUGCUGUUUGAUUUUAUGGAUACGUAACCAUGUUCGUAAGCAGAAACACUUAAAUUCACCUAGUAUCAAGUUAAAAUGUACAUAGCAAUGAAAUGAAGUGAAAUUAUAUGUGUAUAUGUAUACAUAUGUAUAUCUAUAUACAUAUACAUAUUUACAUACAUACAUACAC